UGUUUUGUUUCAUUGACAUUCGCCAAACAUUUCCCAAACGCGAAAUUGAAAAUCUGUUUUAUUUAAUUCUCAUUUCACACACUUUUUUACUCUUUCUUCAUUCAUUCAUUCGCAACAAAAUCAAUCGCAGGAUUAAAGCUGUGGAAAAACUUGUUAGGAAAAUUCGAGAGUGUGAACGGAUUUGUUUUUUUUAUAAAUAUUAAUAUCUUCCGUAGCAUCGACACUUCUGAUCGAAAGUGUGUCCGGUGACCGACACGUGUUGGUGUCGGACACUGACACGUGUUUCCUACCUUCAAUUAACUAAUUUCCUCAAAUUUUUACUGGUGUUGACGUGUCAAUGCUGUAUUUGGUGUUCGUGUUUGAGUCGGUGUUUCAUAGCUAAUGCCUUAUUACAAUUUUUGUAGGUUUAGUAGGUGUGAAUUGUGGUAAAUUUUUUAAGUUUAGGUUGAAAGGAUCAAGAAGUUGUCGGUUUUGGAUAUGAUUAAUGGAUCACAGACUCAGAAUUGGGGUGAAAGUUCGAGUUCAACUUCGCUAAGUAGUCAACAUGAUGUUGAGGAUGAUCGGAUGAUUGCUCUUGUGCUAUCAGAAGAGUAUGCCAAAUUAGAUGGAGCAGUAGGUCGGCGCCUUUCCAAAUUGGAACCUGUUCCUCAUGUGCCCCGCAUAAACUCCUUCUUCCCAACCUUUAAUGAUGCCAGUAUGGAUCACCAGCGUCUUCUACAGAGGUUGAAUGUUUAUGGUCUUUGUGAAGUUAAAGUAUCUGGAGAUGGAAAUUGUCAGUUCCGCGCACUUUCAGAUCAGCUCUACAGGUCACCUGAACACCACAAGCAUGUCCGUAAAGAUAUUGUGAAACAACUCAAAGAUCACCGUUCCUUGUAUGAAUGCUAUGUACCAAUGAAGUACAAACGAUAUUACAAGAAAAUGGCCAAAACUGGAGAAUGGGGGGACCAUGUUACUUUACAGGCAGCUUCUGAUAAGUUUGCUGCAAAGAUAUGCCUGCUGACAUCAUUUAGAGAUACUUGUUUCAUCGAAAUUAUGCCACUGUACCAAGCUCCACAGCGCGAAGUGUGGUUGAGCUUCUGGUCUGAGGUUCAUUACAAUUCACUUUAUGAAAUUCGAGAUGCACCAAUCCAGCAUAAACCAAGGAGGAAACAUUGGUUGUUCUAAGAGAUAUAGAUUUAAGCAUCAAGGUCAUAAGAUUAAGUGCUGUGUAUCGCUCAUUGCAUGGUGCAUAUAAUAUUAUUAUUCCAUUAUUGAAUACAAAGCAGUUAUUACAUUAUUCAGUGAAGAUAAAGUGCCAAAAUUGAAACUUUAAAAUUGAGAAGUAUAUUUUCCUAAGUAUCAAUGAUAAAGUAGGUGGUGGAUAUUGGAGCAAGCUGGAGCAGAAGAAAUCACUUGUUUGAUUUUUUUUUUUUCUCAUUACUAUUAUUUACAGUAUAUUUGUGGCAAUUUUUUUAAUUUUGUUUUAAUCAUGCCAAUCUUAUAUUGAGGAGAGCAAUUCUGUAUGAUUUGUAUAUAAUUUAAUAUAAACUUGCUUUUUGAAGCAAAUCGUGUAUUUAUUAUUUUUUGUACC